AUGCCAGAAGCGCCACCAUCGGUUACUGCAUUACGUUCCAGAACCGGAGAAACCAUAUUACCCGUCACGUUGUACGGAAAGUCAGGCGCCGUCGACACUUAUGCGUUCUUGGAUGAUGGAUCGUCAGCAACCCUUCUGAGAAAAGCGAUAGCCGACGAACUAGGAGUAGACGGAAAAGCACUAUCAUUGUGCAUGCAGUGGACAAGCGGAAUUGACAAGAAAGUGCCUUCAACACAAAUAGCGAAGCUGAGUAUUUCGGAACCUGGGAGCCAAAGGAUGUUCCAGUUGUCGGAAAUAUACACCGUUGAGAACCUGAAGCUUCCGGAGCAGUCGAUCAACCUGGAUAAACUAGCGAAACAGUACAAGCACCUGCAGCGGUUGCCAGUGAAGAGUUUCGAGAGAGCUAACCCUGGAUUGUUGAUUGGACUCAGCAAUAAUCAUCUGCUGACCACCUUUAAAGUGCGCGAAGGAAAGGAGCAAGAGCCUAUCGCAGUGAAAACUCGCAUUGGGUGGGUAGUUUGCGGCAGCUUACGUGGAGCGGAGAGUCAGUUGCAACAUCGACAGAUGCACAUUUGUGCAGAAACUACCGACCUGGAUCUUCACAACUACGUCGAAGAGUUCUUCUCGGUAGAAAGCUUGGGUGUAGCUGUUGUUCCGAAUUUGGAAGGACUAGAGGAUCAACGAGCGCGACGAAUUCUACAGGAAACGACGGUGCAGAAAGCAAAUGGAAGAUUCGAGACGGGUCUGCUGUGGAAACAAGACGAUAUCGAUUUCCCAGAUAGCCGCCCGAUGGCUGAACGUCGGCUGAAGUGCCUCGAGCGUCGGCUGGCGCAGAAUUCAUUACUGUACGAUAGCGUUUUUCAACAGAUAGCUGACUACCAGUCCAAGGGAGACGUUCACGCGGUCACUGAGGAGGAAAUGUCCAGUUUUGAUCCACGCCGGAUAUGGUACUUGCCGCUCGGGGUUGUGCUGAAUCCCAACAAACCUGGAAAAGUGCGAGUGAUAUGGGAUGCGGCAGCCAAAGUCAACGGUGUCUCGCUAAACACGAUGCUAUUGAAGGGGUUGGAUCUGCUGACCCCACAAUUGACCGUCACGUUCAAAUUCCGUGAGCGAGCGGUGGCAAUCUCCGGCGAUAUCCAGGAAAUGUUUUUGCAAGUCGGGAUCAGGAGGCAAGAUCGGAGCGCACUACUAUUCGUUUUCCGAAAUUCUCCAUCGGAGCCCAUGGUUACGAUGGCAUCAGACGUGGCGAUCUUCGGAGCAUGCUCUCCAUGUCAGUCGCAAUACGUCAAGCAUCUCAACGCAUCGAACCACGAGGAAGAAUACCCAAAAGCUGCAGCAGCGAUCAAAAACAGGCAUUAUGUUGACGACUACCUGGACAGCGUCGACACCGAGGAAGAAGGAGUUCAGUUAGCGUUAGAAGUCGCGAAAGUUCACCAAAAAGCCGGGUUUCACAUUCGAAAUUGGGUAUCCAACAAGCCCAACGUACUGGAAGCGAUUGGAGAAGUCAAACCGGCCACUGUGAAACACUUAACGAUGAACAGUCAAAGCGGAUUUGAGCGAUUGUUGGGAAUAUCAUGGAUACCCGGUGAAGAUGCUUUCUGCUUCAAUCUCAGCCUGAAAGGAGACCUUGAAGAACUGGCGAAAGGUGAAAGAGCUCCUACCAAGAGGAUGAUGCUCAGUCUCCUCAUGAGGAUUUACGAUCCUUUGGGAUUAGUGGGGUCGUUGGUUAUCCAAGGCAAGAUACUACUACAGGACGUCUGGAGAGAAAAAGUGAAUUGGGAUGAGCAGAUUCCUGAUGAUAUCUUCGUGCGGUGGAAGUUGUGGUUACAAGCACUGAAGGACUUAGACAAGAUUAAAAUCCAGCGGUGCUACUUCCCUGGAUACAAUCCGGACAGCUAUGAAUCAUUGGAACUGCACAUUUUUGUAGACGGCAGCGCACAAGCAUAUUCUGCGGCUGCGUACUUUCGCAUUCGUGACAAAGGGCAGAUACGGUGCGCUCUGGUUGCUUCCAAAACAAAGGUUGCUCCUCUGCAGCUUUUAUCAAUCCCCCGUAUCGAGCUGCAGGCGGAGAUCAUUGGCGCACGGUUGCGCAGAACAAUAGUGGAAGGACACUCCGUUAAAGUGAAGCGAACGUGUUUUUGGGGCGAUUCGAGCAACGUUAUCUCCUGGAUUAGAUCGGACACUAGACGCUACCGACAAUAUGUAGCCUUUCGCGUCAACGAGAUCCAGAGUCUAUCGACGGGUGAAGAGUGGCGAUGGCUGGGAACAAACAAAAACGUUGCUGACGAGGCGACCAAUUGGGGCAAAGGUCCGAACUGUAAGCCGGACAGCAGAUGGAUGCGAGGUCCAGCGUUUUUGUAUGAAGAGGAGAAUAGCUGGCCAAAGGAUAAGUCGGAUGCAGUGGACGAAACGAAGGAAGAGUUGCGUCCAGCGUUCAUAUUCAGUCACCCAGUGACCGUUCCAGUAGUUGAUGUCGGCCGUUUGUCGAAGUACGAACGACUGCUGCGAAGCAUCGCAUACGUGCACCAAUUUUGUGACAUCGCACUGCGGCGAGCAAGAGGUGAUUGCCGAAGUUCUGCAGGGGUGCUGUCAAGCGAGGCUCUCCAGAAAUCUGAACGUAAUUUGUGGCGUAUGGCGCAAACAGACCAGUAUCCAGACGAGGUGGCAACAAUGAUGAGGAAUGCCGAAGUGGAAGAAGAUCAGCGGAAGGCGUUGGACAAAGACAGCUCGAUCGCGAAGUUGCCUCCACGGAUAGACGAACACGGCGUCUUACGCUUUGAUAGCCGCAUUGCAGCGGCGGAAUUCGUAAGCUAUGACACUAGAUACCCCAUAAUUCUGCCAAGACAACACCAGAUCACUCAGUUGGUUCUGGAUUGGUACCAUCGGCACAUGGAGCUAGCGUACAGUUUGACGACCGAAUCGUGCAAAAAGGCCAUCCGACGAUUCAUUGCCCGAAGAGGAGCGCCGCAAGAGAUUUUUACGGACAACGGCACGAAUUUCGUUGGUGCAAGCAGGGAACUCCAGAAGGAAAUCCAUGCAAUCAACACCACGAUGAGCAGUACGUUUACGGACGUGAACACCAUUUGGCGGUUCAAACCCCCUGCGGCGCCUCAUAUGGGCGGCUGUUGGGAACGCAUGGUCCGGUCCGUGAAGACUGCGCUGGGGUCGCUACCUACGGCACGGAAACUGGACGACGAGGGACUCAUGACGCUGUUAGCUGGAGCUGAACAUAUUGUCAACUCACGACGGUUAACUUUCGUACCACUGAACAAGGAGCAGCAGGAGUCUAUAACUCCGAAUCAUUUUUUGAUGCAGAGUUCCAGCGGAGUUCGUCAAGCAGUAAAGGCACCAGUGGACACGAAAAAGGCCCUGUCAGAUGGAUGGGCUUUGGUUCAGCACAUGUUGGACGUAUUUUGGCGGCGAUGGAUGGAAGCAAGUGGUUCCAGGAUGUCGCUUCAGUGA